AUGUCAGUAGCGGAAAAAACCAACAUCAACAUUCUCAUGGUUUCAAUGGCCUUACAAGGUCACGUCAACCCCAUGUUAAACUUUGCCAAACACCUCGUUAUAAAGGGUGUUCAUGUCACCAUAGCCACAACCGAAGAAGGUCGUGCACGCAUGCUCAAGAACGCUGAUCAGAACUUAUCUGACUCGGGAAUCCGCCUCGAGUUCUUUUCCGACGGUCUCAGCAUCGACUUCGACCGAUCCGAUACAAAAACUGUAAUCAAUACCAUACGUGAAAAGGGUCCUAAAAACCUUUCGAAUCUCAUCGACAGGCUCAGCAAAAAUCAAACAUUUUCAUGUGUUAUUGUCAACCCUUUUGUUCCUUGGGCUGUUGAUGUUGUUGCUGAGUAUCAAAUCCCUUGUGCAUUGCUUUGGAUCCAAGCUUCUGCUUGCUAUUCGAUUUACUAUCGUUACUUCAAGAACACUGAUGUUUUUCCCAAGUUAGAGGAUCCUAAUGAGAAGGUGCAAUUACCUGGCCUACCAACGUUAGAGGUAAGAGAUCUUCCUUCCAUGAUACUUCCUUCUAGUCCUGUUCAGUUUAAGGAAGUUAUGUCUGAUUUCAUCAAAGCUUUGGAUAAAGUGAAAUGGGUUCUAGGUGCUUCGUUUUUUGAAAUUGAGGAAGAGAUAGUGAAAUCAUUGGAUUCGCUAAGUCCUAUAUAUAAUAUCGGACCAUUGGUUCCACCUUCUCUAUUAGGUGAAAAGGAGACAAGUAAUGUGAGUGCUGAUAUGUGGAACGCAGAAGAUUCAUGCAUAGAGUGGCUUAAUACUAAACCAAAUUCAUCUGUUAUUUAUAUAUCAUUUGGUAGUUUGGUUGUGUUGUCAAAAAAUCAGAUGAGUAAUUUAGCUACAGUUUUGAAGAAUAGCAACAACAAUUUUUUGUGGGUUGUUAAGCCAGCUAAUAACGGAGGAUAUGCAUCAGAGGAUCCUGCUUACGAAUUACCAAAAGAGUUUUUGGAAGAAACUGAAGGGAGAGGUUUGAUAGUGAAAUGGUGUGCACAAACGAAGGUGUUACAGCACCCUGCAGUUGCUUGUUUUAUAAGUCAUUGUGGUUGGAGCUCGUUACUAGAGACAUUGAUAACUGGUGUGCCUGUUAUUGGUUAUCCUUCUUGGACUGAUCAACCAACUAAUGCCAUGCUGGUUGAGAAAGUGUUUAAGAAUGGGGUGAGAAUUAAGGUUGGAGAAGAUGGAGUUGGAAGUGUUGAAGAGAUUGAGAGGUGUGUUUUUGAGGUAGUGGAUGGGCCUAAUGCUGCUGAGUUUAAGAAGAGGGCUUUGGAGAUUAAAGAAGCUGCAAAAAAAGCUUUGCAGGAAGGUGGCAGUUCUAGUGCUAAUGUCAAUAAGUUUAUUGGUGAAUUGAAGGUUAAGAAUGGUCCAAAAUCCAAAAAUGAUACACUAAUUGGGAUAGGAAUCACAAAAUUCAAAAUGGACGCGGACACUGAACAACUCUAG